CCGCCUCCGAUUCUCAUCCGUCGAUUGCAUUGCAUGUGGUGAAGCCUAGCCUACGAUUAACCAACCAACCAUCGAAGGGAAUUUUUUGCAGCCUGGACGAACUUACCGUCAAAAUCGACCGAAAGCGACAUCGUGACGACGCGAAUCCCCGACCGGCGAACGAUAUACGACUACAGAAGCGGCCAUACGUCUGCUUGAUUGAUAAACGUUCGCACUUGAAGACUUUUGCGCCCCUCAACAGAAUCGUCAUGACCGGGCGCGGAGGCGGCGGAGGUCGUAGGGUGUUGCUCCCCCCCAUCAACUUCAUCUUCAAGCUCCUGCAGCAACAAUCGACGGUGCAGGUCUGGCUCUACGAACAGCUGGCGAUUCGGAUUGAGGGGAAAAUCAGGGGAUUUGACGAGUUCAUGAACCUUGUUAUCGAUGACGCUGUUGAGGUGAAGCAAAUUACCAAGACGAACCCAGAAGAGAGCCGGCGACCCUUAGGACAAAUCCUCCUCAAGGGUGACAAUGUGUCGCUGAUCCAGGGCUUGUCUGGGUAGUUGCGUAGAGGCGUUGGACCGGGAAGGAAGAUACAUCGAGAGCACAUCACUGCAUGGACACCAGCUUCCUGGGGGGGCGGGAAAUCCGCACCAUAAAUAAACACACGGCGGGGGACGGCAGUCGGCAAUGGUCGCGCUUCAUGCGAAGAUGAUACCACAACAAUUGGAGUUUGGAAUUUCGAACGGGCGUGGAAGGGGCGAUUUUUCAAGUUGAUCUAUCAGACGGCCUCUUGACCUCGCCGUUUCCGAGGAUAACCCCGUGCAGUGACUUGUCGUGUGGCCCGACGGGCACAGGCGUGCCAGAAUCCGGGGUCAGAAACUGUUCAGCGAGGGCUAGACCAUAGAGCAACACAGGACGCGUGUCCGGGUGUCCGGCGGGUUUUGUCUUUGCGCGGUAUCGUUCAAUGAAAAAGUCGUAAAAGCCUUUCCCGUGGCCGAGCCUCCUCAGGAUGCCCGUCUCCGGUUCAAUGUCGAAGGCCACACCAGGCAUAAGGAUCAAG